AUGUACCAUGACCGCACCUGCCGGCACAAACGCCUGCACGAGUAUCUGAGCUGUUUGGAGAGCUAUGGGAAUAUUCUGAAUGUUGACACAACUGGAGCUUUGGAGCCAACCGUGAAAACAGAAGGUCUGAGCUGUGUAGGAUUGAUUGCUGGUAUUAUUUUUCAAGAGUCACAUGCUGGGGCAGUGCUGAAGGACGGCUGGGGUGACCCUGGAAAUACAUUUGGUUUAGUGCAGUUAGACAAACAGUACUGUAAGAUUGACAGGUCAUGGGACACUGAAGAGUACUUACCAUAAGACACAGAGAUUUUAUGCAGAUUUAUAAUUCAGAAAAAAUUCCCAGCUUGGACAAAGGAACAGGACCUCAAAGUCCUUACAGUGGGUCCCUUUAGUCCAACUACAGUAGUAACAUGUCUGACGUUAUUAAUGUGGGAUAAUGCAGAAGCUAACAACGUCCAGAACUACAACAAAAUGGAUACUGGCACAACACACAACUAUGUCAAUAAUGUGGAUGCAAGAGCCAAUUUUUAUAAGAGAAUUGGAUAUUGAGAUCUCUGAAUAAUGAUUAGAGUCACUGAUUCAUACUUUGCUUCUAAUUAAAAACAACCUGGAUUUCUCCCUCAGAAAUAGUAAAAAUGGGGGGGAGCAGUGAAGCCAGAAAAAAGUACAAGAUUCCAAUGGGGUUUUUUUUCAGCUAAGGCUAAAAAAGUAAUUUAAAAGAUAACACUGCUAAUAAUC